CUUAAACCCACUUUAAGAAAAGCCCACUGAAAAGCCUACUUUAAAAUUCAACCAAAAGGCCCAUAAGUACUACAGCCGACAUCAGCAGACAACAAGCCACGUCGAUCUCGAGGAACCGCGUAAUUAACGUGUCGGAAUCACACGAGCCACCGUGUACUAGAUAGCUCCAUAAAAGCAGACACAUCUCAUGAAGCAGAACCUAAAACCUUUAAUAGCAAACGAAAAAUAAAAAAGAAGAAACUAACAAAACAAAAAAAAAAAUGGAGGCCGGGAAAACACCACCGACGACGACAACAACGACGGAGAAGAAAACGGAGCAAGUGAAAGACAACGACUUGCCGACCGAUAGCCCUUACAUGGCGACGGGUACUUUGGAAGAUUACAAAUUGAAAGCUUAUGGAGCCGAAGGUCACCAAGAGCCUACUCCUGGUCUUGGAGGUGGCUCCACCGAUGCUCCUACUCCUUCUGGCGACGCACCCGCCGCCACUACCACCGAUGCGAAAGCUCCGUGAAAAAAAAGAAAGACUAUAAUAAUGAACGGGUUUUGUGGAUCGUCGGAAAACAAACCCAUAAUUGUAGUAUGUUCAAUAACUGAUCCAGCUUCGUUUCUUAACGUUUUUAUGGUUUAAUUAAAAAUGUAUUUGCGUCUAAUGCUGAAUGCUAAAGUUCGAGUUUCGUAUCAAAUGAAGUUGUAACGAUUUAAUAAUUAAUGUGAAGCUUAUUUCUUUUUGAUAAUGACCAAUGUUAUCUAGUUUUAUCUCCGUCGAUCAUAUAACUUAAUUUAUUAAUUUAG